GCUUCUAGUAUGCAACACUGGUCUAGAAGAUAUCCCAUUCCACCUACGCAAGCAAAUGUAAACAAUAUGAACCCCUACGUACGACCGAUAGCGGGCAUGUCACCGAUGGCAGUGACUCCUAUGCCGUCGUCCAUGCACACGCCUAUGCAAUCACCAUUACCAUGUGGUCCCGCUACAAAUCAGAUCCCGAUAGUUGCCAACUCGUAUGUUCAGUUUCAAACUCGAGCUGGUGUCGCCACUCAACGAAUAAAUCAAGGAAUGGCCACGCCAACUUCAGUGAAAACUAACAACAGGCGUACGAAGGGUGCUGCAAAGAGUAAGACAUCAAUGAUUUCUAUGGCUGAUGCAGUUGCUGAUGAAGCAGAUGAGCCUUCCGGAGAUGAACUUGACAAUCUAAAAUUCCGGGAAGUUUCUAUGGCACGAUUCAAAAGAUGUCAUGAGUAUAUAGCAGAAAUUUUCUCUCCUUACAGUAUUAGUGCGAUAAUACCGCCAGAAUCACCAUAUCAAUCAAAAAAUAUUGAGGAAUUAAAAAAACAAAUCGCUGAAUCUCAAGCUGAGAUUGAAAAGAUGACAAGUGAACAUUCAGAAAAGAUGAAGAAUUUUACAUCACGAACAGAUGCUUUGUCCAAAAGCAUGCAGGAAAUCAAAAAAUGUAAUAGUACGGAGGUUAGUUUCUAG